AAUUUCAACCAAGAAGCCUGCAACAAAGAUAGGGCAAAUAAACCAGAGAAAGAAUCGAAGGAUGAUAUCAAUGAAUAUCUCCAACAAAUUGCGAAAUUGAAAGAAGAAAAUAUACAACUUAAGGAAAAGAACAUACGCCUAUAUGAAAAAAAUGCACUACUUAUAAAAAGAAAU